AUGACCACCGCUGGCGAGGCCGCUUCUCUUUUUGGCUCUCCGGACGCCGCACUCGACCCCUUCGCCGCCGCGCUCGGGGGAGACGAUACCCGCGAACAGACGCACGGCAACGCUACGGCCUCUGACGGGGUCGCGGACCUCUUUGGCUCGGCUACGGACCCGUUUCCGGUGGGCGGUGGUGAUGCGCUAGGUGCGGGUGGGACAGAGGCGCAACAGACGUGGUACGAUCCUGCCGGGCAGCAGAACUACGGGUAUAGCGCUCCUGCGCCCGCUGUAAACUCAUACGCCCCAGCGUACCCGGAGCAGCAGGCUUACCCCCAGCAGAAUGGAACGUACGCUUCGUACUCACAGCCCCAGUACGGGUCUACUGCCGCGCCGGCGGUCUCAGCGUACGAGCCCGCCUAUCCUCAGCAACAGAGCUAUGCGCCACAAACGUACUCCGCUUACGGUCAGACGACCUCUGCGUAUGCACCGCAGACCACGGUUCAGCAGGCACCAGCAGCACAGACGAGUGCGUAUGGGUCCACUACGUAUGAUCCGUACAAGCCGGCGCAGACCCAUUCAAGUUAUGAACCUCCCACCCAUACCGCUGCACCUUCGACGCAUGCACCUUCAACCCAUGCACCUGCGACACAGUCGGCGUACGACCCGUACAAACCGUCACAUCCCACUGCGCCCACGAGCUACGAACCCGCUUCGCAGCAGGGCUCUUACGCUCCUUACGCGUCAAGUUCGCACGGCACGGCAUACGGGAAUCCUGUCAUAGCCAUUCCACCGCCUCCAGCUCCCAUUAUAGAGGCCCCACCACCCCCUCCAGCGGUGUCUGCAGCGGCCGCGAUUGCGCCCUACCGUCCGAAGACGGCCAAUGCAUUCGAUCCCCCCUUGCCCCCGAUCAAGGUGAAGCAUGCCCGUGUUCCUCCCAGGCAGACAUACGCUACUCCACCGCCCAUGUCUCCGCCUCUUUUGGCGCCUGUCACGCAGCCCUUACAGCCGCCUCCUCGAGGUCCGGCGAGGACUCCAGAUCCGUAUGCCCCGCCCCCCACCACUGUGCGGCGGGAUAGCCAUCCGCCGCCUCAUAUAGCAGCGUCCCCGCAGAAGCCCAAUCCUUAUGCCCCUCCGCUUCCCAAUGGCUCCAGUCAAUCCUCGGCAUAUGCACCUCCUCACAACCCUGUAGGCAACGGUUCUGCGUACGUUCCGAACGGUCAGUAUGGCACAUCCGGACUGCCUCCUUCAGGGUAUGCGCCAAGCGUUGCGUCGCCAACCCUAUCCUCCUACGCUCCUGCCUUCUCGCAACCUGUGAACUACGAUACCAGCGCGCAUGCCAAUAUUCCCCCAAUUGCUGAGCAGGAGGACGUAGAGUCUGUCUUCGGAACGGGCAUGGUUGCAUCGCCACCACGAGCAGAAUUGGAUCCGGAGGAUGCUACCCCGCAGGCAAGCCAAUAUGCGUUCACAAGGGAGCAUACGUCACCACCCUCGUCACCCCCACGGACUUCGCGGUCACCCAGGUCACCACCCACUUCGCCCAGGCUGCCGAAGUCGCCAAAAUCUAGAUCCCCGAGCGAAGUCGGCCACCCCUCGCCCCUACGCAGUCCGUCAUCCCCAGAAAGGUCAAGGUCUCCGCGCAAACCUUCCAGUGUUUCGAGCGCUUCUCCUCCCACCCAAUUCGCGUCGUAUCCCGUCGACCCGUAUGCACCUGUGGCGAAAGUUGAGCCUACCGAUCGUACCAAGUCCCCAGGGGCAUCUUCUGUGCGCUCGGUGCAAGGGGCUACAAGUCAAGCAUACGAGCCUCCUCCUCGAAGGGGGUCCGGUGCCGCGCCUCCGCCCUUCAACCGGCCUAUCUCCAGCCUCUCGCGGCGGUCCACGUUGUCGAAUCAGUACGAGCCUCAGCACGCGACGGAUCUCAACCGUUCGGCUUCACCAGCGGGCUCGAUUCGCUCGGUCACUGCGCCCAAACAAGGUGGUUAUGAUCCUUACGCUCCUACGGAAAAGCCAGCUGCUGCCUCCGCCCAUGCUCGGAAUACGUCAAAUGGUUCGGCAUACUCUACAACUUCGGUGCCUGACCCGUAUGCGCCCUCAAGGUAUCCUGCGCGGCAAUCCAGCGAGCACACGUACAGCAGCUUCGCUCUUCCUCCACAGGGUAACUCGUCGUACAUCCCCAGCGCUGCAAGCUACGACCGCUUAGGCGGCCAGGUUGUCACGCUCGCGGCUCCGGUGCACUCGACCUAUGCGCCCUCGCCAUCCUUGUUGGGGACGAACGACCCUCUCGGUCGUACGUCGGCAAGGGUACCUGUCGUAAGCUUCGGCUUUGGCGGAAAGCUGGUAACGUGCUUCCAUGGGGCGUCGAUGAACACGGGCUUCGACGUCGCGCUAUCUGCGCGACAGUCGACGGACAUCAAGAUCCACUCGCUCAGCAAGGUCAUUCCAGAAAGCGUUUUGGAUUCUUCGGCGGCGUCUUACCCUGGCCCUCUGUUCUCCGACCCGGGAUCGCCCACUGCGAGCCUCGUCCGUACCGGAGCAACGCAGAUCAAGACAAAGAAGGCGCGUGUUGUGAAGUACCUGGAAGAGCGGGCGGAGGAGAUCAAGAGCGGGCUUGGCUACCACCGUGCAGACAGCGUUGACCGGAGUCGAGCUGAGGCAAAACGCAUCUUGGUGUUGUUACUGAAGGCCAUGGUCGAGAACGACGGUCGGUUGAGCGGGAGCGCUGAAGUCGAUGCAGCAGCGCGCGCUGCGCUGUUGCCAGACCAUGACGGGGCGAUUCCCUCAUCGGACUCGUCGGGGAUCAUACCAGCGUCCUCUUCCGACCUCCUGCAUGGUCCUCAAUACGGUCUCGCGUCUGCUCUGCCUAAUACCCAGGAUUAUACGGUUGCCACAACUACUGUUCGGUCAUCACAGCUCGACAAGAUCCAGGGUCUCCUAGCUCGAGGAGACCGCCGAGGGGCGUGCCACUACGCCGCGGACGAGAAGUUGUGGCCACAUGCUCUUUUAAUCGCGAGUAGCAUCGACAAGGAUACCUGGAAGGAGGUCGUGACUGAGUGGGUCCGGGCGGAGUUGGCAAAUGGUCUCGGACAUACCCAAGGGGACCCAAGCGAGGGACGCGAAGCAUUGCGCGUCGCUUAUAGCUUGUACGGUGGUAACGGCGCCGCUUCAGUGCAAGAACUUGUCGCUCCCAGUUCACUCAUUCAACACCCGCCGACUUUGCAGAUUCCCCAGCCACCGCAGUUGUCGAUCACGCCGAUGACACCUAGCUUCCCCGUCGUCCAGGUAUUGAACGUACCUCAGGAGGUGCUUGCCAAUUGGGCGAAGACUGCAGCGAUGAUGCUGUCGAACCCACUGACUCCCGAUACCUCCUCUGCACUCACAGCUCUUGGCGACCAGCUUUCUGCGCACCAGUGGGUUGAAGCUGCCCAUGUUUGUUACAUGCUUUCUCCGCAAACGUCGCCUCUUGGUGCGAUGGGUACACACCCUCGCCUCACGCUCCUGGGAGGCCCCUCUGCUACCACAUCACCCACGUACUACAAGGAUCCCGACCCGAUCAUCUUCUCGGAGAUCGCGGAGUUUGCCAUGUCUCUGGCCACUCCUGCGAAGGGACAGGAAGCCUUUACUGGCCUUCCUCACCUACAGCCAUACCGACUGCUCCGUGCGACUUGCUUGGCGGAGCUGGGACAUGUCCAGCUGGCGAAUCGUUACUGUGAAGCCAUCACCACCGCUCUCAACCGUGGCUCGCCAUUCAUCAAUGUGACAUUCGUUGAGCAGCUGAAGGGCCUGUCGGAUCGCUUGACAGCGGCACCGCAGCUAGACAAGUCUGGUUCGUGGAUUCCUGGAAAGAUGUCCAAGCCUAGCUUGGACAGCAUUGGGAACUGGCUUGAGGGCCGCUUCACCAAGUUCAUUGCCGGCGAGGGAGACUCUCCCAGGCCCGAGGAGUCCCAUGGAAUGGCUCAACAGCAGUCAACCAGUGGACCCUUUGCGAACUUCAGCACGAUCUCAUCUGCAACCACGUCUGCCUACCCAUCCCCACAUCAGUCGGUCACCGAUCUCACGGAGAUGUCAAACGCGCCACCACCGUUCCGCGCUGGGUCUGCGCUGGGCGCCCGCCCGCCGUCUAGGUCGCAUGUUCCCAUCAACAGGGCCUCAUCGGCGAUGGACCAUGCGCGGAGUCCGUAUGGGAACGGCUACGCCCCAUCGCAAGGCUCAGAUCACCUCAGACCUGAGAGCGGUUCCCACGGCGACGUGUCAGGUUUCGGGCACUCAAAACCCCCCAGCACAGGCUCGUGGUGGGGCGCGUCGGACUCGGACGCUGCGACACCCACCGCGUCGACGUUCGUCACCCUGGACGACCAGCCCUCCUCGUCAUCGUCGAACUCCGGGUUCGUCUCGCUGAUGGACGAUCCGAUGCUGUCCAUGACGCCCACGGCGACGAAGCAGCAGGGCAGCCCCCUCCCGCGCUCAAACCAGUACUCACUAGCCGAAGAGGAUGACGACAACCUUGGUCUCGGCAACUCUUCGUCCCGGUCCAAGAAGGCGGAGACGGCGGAGAAUGGCGACGCGGCUGAAGGUGCAGAGGAGAAGCCCAAGGCAGCGGAACCCGCGAAGCCUGAGCUUAAGCAAGCUGCGUCCAGCGGCUGGCUCAGCAGACUCUGGAAGCGGAAUGAGGCAGCCCCCUCGCCGGCCCCUGUGAAGGCCAACCUCGGCGAGGAGUCGUCCUUUUAUUACGACAAGGAGCUGAAGCGCUGGGUCAACAAACAUUCGUCCUCCGCGGAAGCCGCGAAGGCCGCGGCCCCGCCGCCUCCCCCGCGCUCACAGACCGCGUCUCCGGGCAGGUCUUUUGGCGGUGCCAUGCCGCCACCGUCGCCCGUUGGUCCCCCGCCUGCGCGCCCCGCGACGGCACACCCUAUCGACCUUACCUCGGAGCCUCCCAGGAGGGCGCCCCCUCCGCGCGUCCGCUCGAACCUCGUGCCCAGCGACGCCGAAGGGCUUUCCGCUCCCCCUUCACCGCUGCCGCCCUCAGCUACACCCCCGCCUCCUGGUGGAGGCCCGCCGCCCCCGGCUGGCAGGCGCCCGCCACCGAAGCGGAAUGUGCGCAGUCGCUACGUAGAUGUCUUCUCACAGGAGGCCGCCGGAGGCCAGUAG